UUCGACCUAAUCUGCCCUUGAGGAAACCAUCAUCGAGCCCCGUGGCUUUUCCCACCGCGAAGCCUUCUACGAGACAUGUCGCAGUCAAUGCAACAGUCAUGCGUUCCUCGUCAGGCACCAUGGUGCAAGAUCCUGUUCAUUCCCCAUUAAGCAGGGAUAACUCUGCGGUGGUCGGAUUCAUGCCACCAGUACUGAAUGUAUACUUGUGCAAGUUCUGUGGUCAGCAAGGGAAUUUCCGGUGCAAGCGCUGCAAGAAAAUGCCUUACUGCUCUGUGGUGUGUCAAACAGAAGACUGGAAGGAACACAGACAUGUGUGCAAAGCCAUUGAUCCAGAACCUGCAAAAGAGAAACCAAAUGAAACCACAUUGACAGGAGAAAGAGCUGAGCUCUUGAAGCAGGGUGACCCAUCCACCCCACCGAGGGUCUAUUUGAAGGACUUGGAUAUGACUAAAAUCAUUACGAGAACAGGCAUCCAGGCAUCGGUUUUAGAGUUCUACAGUCCUAGCAGGUUUUUCAUCCUUGUCCAAAGCCCUGAGGUCUUGGAAGCUCUGCAAAGCAUCAGCGCAGAGCUGCAGAAAACAUACAGCUGCCCCUCAGUGAUGACAUAUGUACCUUGUGUCGGUGAGGUUUGUGGAGUACAGUACUCCUGUGAUCUGAAGUGGUACAGAGGCCUGGUCCAGACCUUUGCUGCUGACCAGAAGAUGGCUAAUAUCCUUUACAUUGACUUUGGCAAUGAAGAGGAUGUCCCAGUGAACAGGAUCAGGCCCCUGACUAAUAUCAAGCCAUUUUGUCCAUGUGCAGUGGAGUGCUGUAUUGCUGGAGUGGUGCCAGUGGCUGGCAAGUGGUCGGGCAAGUGCUGUAUUGCAGUGAGACAGCUGUUGGCCGGUAAGACUGUGACUGUAAGGCUGGUGGAAAUGGCAGAGAAUGGUCGCGUUCAUGCUGUGGAUAUCCUGCUUUCCAUGGGAAACCAGUUGAGCACUUUGCUCAUUGAGAAUGGUUAUGCAGCAAAGAAAAUUAUCAACACAACACUGACUGAGCAAGAAAUAACUGCCAUGAUGAGUGCAUCCUUGGAAAACUUUCAGCAUCUUUCCACUGGGGAGGAUGACAAUUCCUGGGCUCAGCCUCCACAGCCACUGACACAGGCUGUGGGUGAUUCAUUCUUUGUUGUGAUCACUCACUUUCAGUCACCUGAUAAAAUGAUCGUACAGAAGGUGGAGAAUGCCAGACUGAUUCACGAGUUGCAAUUGAAGCUGAGGGAGCACUGCAGACAGGUCCCACCCCCGCAGAACUUCAGACCAGCACCUGGCACCAUUUGCUGUGCACUGUUCUCAGAAGACAAGCAAUGGUACAGGGCUAAAGUUCUGGCUUAUUCAUCAGAGAACCGCGUCUGUGUUGUCUACCUUGAUUUCGGCAACUCUGAGGAGGUGGAUUUAGACCACCUGUGGCCUAUCAGCACUUCACUACUGGUCCUUCCCAUGCAGGCUAUCCCUUGUGUUCUGGCAGGGGUACAGCCUGUUGGAGAGAGGUGGUCAGAGGACUGCCUGUUGGCCUUGCAGCAAAGGGUAUUGAACAGAAUACUGCGCAUUAACAUCCAGGGAGCUCUUGAGGGCCGGGCCUUGGUGGCUAUGAUUGAUGAGUCCAGUGAUCCUCAGGCCGAUGUAGCUGAGCUGCUGAUCUCUGCUGGUUAUGCUGUUCCUUCUCCUGUCACUGCCAUUAGUGACCAGCAGGCUGAACAGACAAUGACAGCUGCUGCUGUGCAACCACCUGUGCCUGUUCCAGUUAAUGAGCCUGUGGUAUGGUCCUAUGCUGAUCUUUCAUGUGAUGGCCAGACAGUGGCACUGUUAGUCAAUGUCGUGGAGAACCCUGGGGAGUUCUACUGCCACAUCAACAGUCCUACAGACCGUCAGCAGCUGAUAGAGCUGGGGACUGAGCUGAAUAAGCAUUGUGAGGCAGAUGCGUCUCCUUUUGAGCCCAAAGUGGGAGAGCCUUGUUGUGCAUUGUCUUCUGACAUUGGAGUUUGGUAUCGGGCUAUAGUGAAGGAGCUGUCUGAAGAUAAAGUGUCUGUAAUAUUUGUGGACUAUGGUAUGACCAUGAAAGUGGAAAGGAGCCACCUUAGAUCCAUUACACCCCGACUCCUGGCUCAACCUUUCCAGGCAGUUCGCUGCUGGCUCACAGGUGUGGAGCCCCUGGGUUCAGAGUGGAGCAGUGAAGCGGUGGUGUGGUUCCAGACUCUGGUGCUUGGCAGGCAGCUUUCUGCACGAGUCCUUUCUAUCACUGAACAGGGCUAUGGUGUGGAGCUGGAGAGCCGAGGACAGAAUGUGGCCGCUGCCCUCAUAUCUGAGCAGUUAGCCAAAGUUCCUAGAGAGAUAUCCAAAGAGACCCAGGAAACCACAGCCUGUCGAGCCAAAUACCCAGAGAGUGCAAAGGACAAUGAACUCAGCCAAAUACAGCCACAAGCCUCCAACCAGACAGGAGCCAGUUCCAAAGAGAUGCCAACUGAACAGCUAGCUGCAUCACCAUCAGAAGUCCCUUCUUUCCCAGUGGACUGGAAGACAGUGGAGCUGCCUCUCAGUGAAAGCUUUAAGCCAUACAUCGCAGCUGUCACUAGUCCUUCCCUCUUCUACCUGUUUGUUCCCAGCCAGGUCCAGCAAAAGCUUCUGGAGGUGAUGAUGGAGGUGGCUGUCUACUGCAGCAACAACAGUGCCUCUUCAUCAUCUGCUGUCCUGAGCAGACCAGCUCCUGGGGCUGCAUGUUGUGCCCAGUACUCUGCUGACAAUAGCUGGUACCGUGCAGUGGUCCUGGAAGCAGCUGAGAAUGAGAUGAGUGUCAUUUAUGCAGAUUAUGGCAACACUGAAAAGGUGCCACUGUCCCGAAUAUUGCCUAUCCCCAUGCGCCUGCUGCAUUUCCCAUUUCAGAUCAUUCGCUGCACCCUCUCUGGUAAGGAGCACUUUCCUGCAGAGUGGCCAGAGGAAGUGCAGCAGAUGUUUCAAAGCAUCCUGCUGAGUGGUGUUCUUGCCACCGUCCAGUCCUUCGAUGGCUUUGCUAAUGUGCUCUCACUCACUCUGCCCACUGAGAGAGGUGGGGGCCACCUCACCCCCAUGAUCUUGGAUGCACUACAAGCCCAGACCCAGAGUAAUCUUUGUCCUGCCACCACCCAGAGGGCCAACCAGGCUGACAGCUGCACACCUCCUGCUAGCAUUACAGCUGCACCGGAGCCAACCCCCCAGACUCCCCAGCAGAAUGAAGACACUUAUGCACUGGCAGCCAGUGAGGAUUCGGACAAGAAGAUUCCCCAAAUGGAGCCACUGUCACAGAAUAAUGUGACUAAUGGGCCUCAAUCCAUCAGCUGCUGCUGUCUGUGCCAGACAAAGAUUGAUCACCUGGAAGAGAUGAUGAAGCUGCAGCUUACUCUUAUCACGCAUUUAGUGGAACAGACAAAAUAAGAUGAACUACUUCUGUAGUUUGGUUAAAUUGUUGAACUCAAGUUAGUAGUUUGUAGUUUAACUUGUUUUUCUGGGCCAUGUUUGUCUAAAACGUGAACCGUCUCUGUAGUCUCCAGGACCUGCCGUCCAGCUUUGACUUAAUUUUGUUGAUCACUUAUUGUGUAUUCUGUUCAGUGUUCAAUUCUGGUUUUAAUCUGGGAUUGUGUUCGAGUCAAUCUAGGUUUUUCUGGGGAAAAAACGGAACGCCCCAUUUAGGUUAAAGUUGGCAGAAAUAUCAAUGAAGAGAUAUUCAGCCUCAGUUAUCCAAGUGUUUUUGUCCAGUGAGUGUGCUGUGCAGAUGUUUGUUUUGUUCAGUCACCUGUUCAGGUGAGAUGUGUAACCAGACUUUGUUGCCUAUUUUCUGCGCCAAAACAAAAAAAAUAAAUGCAGUAAUGCGGUUUUA